AACGUACUGCGUCCUCCACACAGGCCGUCCAAAACGACUUUGAGACAUUGCGACGUCAUUUGUGUCCGGAUAUCAUGGCCUCAGUGCGCAUUGAUUCUUAGCUUAGCUUAGCUCGCGAGCCACUAACAAAGAGAAGCACAGGAAACAUCGUCAAAGCCGAGCUCAUGUGCGAAUUUUCGGGGAUUCUCGUGUGAAAAUGUGUGCAAGACUGACACCAAAGUACGAGGAGGACGUUUGCGGAAUAAAAGUAAAAAGCGAGCAACAUUUUCAAUUGCUUGGUGAUGUUUGCAAGCAGCCACGAAAUGUGCCGCACACAGCAGAGGUCAAUGAAAAGUAUCUUCAUCCUGAGCAGCAGGGGGCAGAGUUCACUCACAUCAAGAAGGAGCAGGAGGAUUUCAGCAACUCAUCAUUGACCUUCGUGCCUUUGAAAAGUGAAGAUGACAACAAGGGUACAAGUGAGGAGGACGGAAGGGCGGAGCCUCCAAGCAGCAGCUCGAGUGGACACAUAUCAAGAGAAGGUGAUGCAGACCACAGUGGACCAUCACAACUAGAUGAACUAGCGCCACUAUCUGAUAGUGACAUCGUAAUGUCACACUCUCCUGACACUGAUGAUGGUGAUGAUGAUAUGGCGCAGCACACUGACAACAAAUGCUGGAAAUGUUCUCUGUGUGGGAAAACAUUUAGUUCUAAGGGGAAUAUGAAAGUUCACACAAGAACACACUGUGGAAAAAAGCCUUUUUCCUGUGCGGUUUGUGGCAAAUGCUUCUCUCAAAAGAGAUAUUUAAGAAGCCACACAAGAAUACACACUGGAGAGAAACCUUUUUCCUGCACAGUUUGUGGCAAACGUUUCUUUGAAAAGAGACUUUUAAGAAGCCACGCAAGAACGCACACUGGAGAGAAACCUUUUUCUUGCUCAGACUGUGGCAAAAGCUUCUCACUGAAGCAAAAUUUAAGAAUGCACACAUUAACACACACUGGAGAAAAAGCUUUUGCCUGCUCUAUUUGUGGCCAAAGGUUUUUUCAAAAGUCAAGUUUAGUAAGCCAUGCAACAACACACAGUGGAGAGAAACCUUUCGCUUGCACAGUUUGUGGCAAAUGUUUCUAUGAAAAGUCCAAUUUAAAAAGCCACGCAAGAACUCAUGCUGGAGACAAACCAUUUGUCUGCUCAGACUGUGGCAAAAGCUUUUCUCAAAAAUCAAAUUUAAUGAAACACACAAGGACACACAGUGGCGAAAAACCCUUUUCCUGCUCAAUUUGUGGCCAAAGAUUCUCUCAAAUAAACAAUUUGACAGUCCACACAAGAAAGCACACUGGAGAGAAACCAUUUUCCUGCUUAGAUUGUGGCAAAAGCUUCCUUCAGAAUGGAGAUUUGACAAAACACACAAGAACGCAUGCUGGGGAAAAACCCUUUGCAUGCUCAGUUUGUGGCAAAAGCUUCUCCCAAAAAUCAAAUUUAAGCAGACACACAAAAACACACACUGGAGAGAAACCUUUCGCCUGUUCAAUUUGUGGCCAGAGCUUCUCUGAAAAGUCGAGUUUAACAACACACACAAGAACACACACUGGAGAAAAACCAUUCAGUUGCAGUGUGUGCAGUAAAAGAUUCUCUUAUAAGCUGUGUGUGAAGAGACACAAAUGUGCUGGUCAGAGUAGCAGUAAUCCUUGACGCUUUAACCCCUUCAGGCACAGCGGUUACUACAGUGGACAGCUUAUCUUGUUAUCGGGUUACAGGGUGCAUGAAAGGGUAUUAAAAACCUGAAGGCACCGACUCUGUGCUAAACUGUAAACGCAUCAAUGUAAAUGAGGUCAGAUGUCAAUUGUCUUUUCCUGUACCAACAUUUGUAAGCGUUUAAAACACAACGAAAAAGCAUAAUUGUACAUCAUGGGAAAGGAGAACGUGUGCUUGUGAAACGGCAGCCCUUUUGCACAAUCCUCAAUAAAAUCACUUGUUGCUCAA